AUGGCUACCUUUUGCUCCUCUGACGGCAGUGCUUUGGCGCCACAUGUCCUCAAAAAGGAACGUGAAUACUACACCACAAAACAAAGAUUAGGCAAGCACUCACGGUCUGACACCGAGGACGAGUCGACGCAGCCUCUUAAAAGGCUUCAGCACACGCCGACGUCUUUAGAUUUGAAUCCAUUACUUACCCACUUCAGCACUCUUGGUAUCAGUCCAAGUCUUUGCUCGACCGGGUCAAGCUUGGAAUCAUUGCCAAAUGAAUUGCUUAUCAAUAUAUUCAGUCAUCUUUCUGGACAAGUCAUAGAUUUCCAGUGUCUGAUGCUGACCUGUCGUCACUUCCAUUCGCUUCUUACGAGACAUGGUCAUACCAUCGUCAACGCUGUUGCCUCACGUACAUUCCCAACAGAGAAGAUUAUCCUCUUCAAUCUUGCCAAAACAACCACAAAAUGGUCCCCAUUCGCAUGGCUUGCAACCGGUCAACGGAUGAACGCUACAAUCGAUCGGAUUCUUUUUCGCCUCGAGCGUGUUGGAGCUUUUCGAGAUGAGGACCAUAUUUUCGGAGCGGGCACCACUGACGAAGAACCUUCUCACGCUCGACGGCUCCUGAGAACUAUUCUCCUUGGAGUGCAGAUGAUCAGCAUGCAAGGCCAGUGGGAGGCGAGAAGUGACUACGUCAUGAAAAACCCUCCCGAUCUUCUAAACUCGAUGGUACGUCACCUGGAAUGGCUGGUCAAGUUCCUCAUCUGCAAUGCCCACUUGUACAUCGAAGGUAUGGAUGCAGAGAUGGGUGGGAUCGAAGACGGGCAUCAUUGUCCACGCCUACUAGGCAUCCGAUUCGCAUUUGCAGCUAUUUUAAGUGGGCAAGUCCUCGCUCACGGUCCGUCGUUAUUGCUUCAAUUGCUGGAAAUGAAACCAAAGUUCCGUCGUCCCAAAGAAUUCUUGCAAUGGUUAUGGCAUAUCUGCAGGGGCAAAGACCCGUGGCGGCUACAGCGGGAAUAUUAUCUGAAGUUCAUACUGGAUGACUUGUUCUACUGGGUGUCAAUUGAGCAUCGGGCAAGGUGGCGUGGUCAGCAGAACACGUUUGGCAUCAAGUAUCCUCGGCAUGUGAAUUUGACGAGAUGGCUACAAAGGGUUCCGGACGACGAAGCUUGGGUUGACCUGAUGUAUGAGCGUGGAUGGAUCAAGCCGGUCAGGAAAUUCCUGAACUUGCCUAGCCAAGAGUGA